AUGGAUGGAAGAGAUUAUAACAAACCGCAAGGCCCACCAGACAAUAAAGAGAGGUAUUCUAAUCAAAAAAAUUACAAUUUUAUAAGUAUAAUUUGCAGAAAACCUGAAAAGAAAGGCACGAUUGACACUAUAAAAGGAUUUUUUCCAUCAUGGAAUCGAACUGAAGUUAGUCAAUUCGAUAUAGAAGAACAACGAAGAGAAAUUGAACGAAUUGAAAGACUUAGGAGAUUGGAAGAAAAAACGAAGAAAAAUUAUGCGGAAAGAGAGUAAGAUUUAACUUGAACUUCGAUAUAAAGAAUAAUUUAAAUUUAGGCAAAGAUAUCGAGAACAAGAAGAAUCAGAUAGAAAACAUGAAGAAAAGCAUAAAGAACGUGAAGACAAUUAUAAGAAGAAGCUUCAAGAAAUCGAGCAGGAAAGAACUAAAAAACAAGUCGAAACGGACCAAGAAUUCCAAAAUCGAAUGAAACAAUUGAAUGAUUUAACUGCUCUGAAUAUUGAGAGACAAAACGAGGUAAGAUAUAUUGUUAUUUGUGAAGUUCAAUUCAAUUUUUGCAGAGGCAUGCUAGAAUUCUAGAUGAAACUGAAAGGGAAUAUGACUUGAAAAUUGCAUCAAAACAAAGAGAGACUCAAAGGUAUUUUGAAUUUUAUUGAUUCUGAAAUCAAACAUUUUAUGAAGUUCAAUUUCAGUAUUGUCAACAUUAUCCAACAAGCAUCAGAAAGAAAUAGCAAUGAAUCGAAAAUGAGACAACAGCAGACUAUCGAUGAAACUAAUGAACAUUUAAGGUACAAAUAAUUUUGAUUGAAACUCAAAAAAAAAUGUAAAUCAUUGUAGAUUGGCUGACGAGAGAAGGAAACAACGUGAGCAAGAAUUGGAAGAAUUGCGCGAGAAAACUAGAAUCGAACUGGAAAAAUCGAGAAUAAUGUGGGAGGAAAGAAAACGACAAUUAGAAGAACAAAUGGAAUAUAUGGAACAAAUGAUGAUUCAAAAAUUAUGGAGUAUUCGGUUGGAAAAUCAAUUCACAAAUCGAUUGGAUUUCUUGAGAACAUCGGGAAGAGAAAUUUUGAGAAAUUAUACUGUUCUAAUCGAAACUGUGAGUCAUGAAUAAGGUUUUUCAAAAAAAAAAUUUAUUUAUUUCAGUUGAAUAUCGUGAAACGAAGAAAAGCAAAUGGUAAAGAAGUGUCGGAAGAAUUUUACGCUCCAAAAAUUCAAGUUCUUCAAAACUCUUUGGAUUCUGAAAAGGAACUAAUGCAAAAGGAAUCUGAAAAUAUUGGAAACAUUUUAUUUAAUGGCCAAUGGGUGUUUUUAUAUCCAGUUAAAAAUUCACUUGAUGACAUAGUCAAUUCUUGUGCUAAUUUUAGUAAAGUUUUGUCAGGAGUUGUGAGUUUUUAGGGUUUUUCAAACAACAAUUUUCUUUUUUUUUCAGAAUCUUCCAAAUUUAUUGAAUUGCAUUGCACAAUUAAAAGAUGCUCAUGUGGAUUUGUGCUUAAAGAUUGAUGCGAUCCCAACAUUUAAUCAAUUGAAGGCGACAAAUUAUCAAUUUUCAAAUCUGGCUAUGAUCGAAGAUGAGCCAAGUCAAUUUAGAAUUGAAGAAAUUGAAUAA